AUGGGCGAUCCUGAGAGACCUCAAAUGUCUAAGGAUGGGGAUCUUCUGUUGGGAGGAAUUUUCUACUUUCACAACAACUGGAAGAACAGAGAGAACAGUUAUACACAAAAACCCCUGCCUUUAGAAUGCAACAGUUUAAAUUUCAGAGAGUUCCAAUUUGUUCAAGCCAUGCGUUUUGCCGUGGAGGAAAUUAAUAACAGUACAGACCUACUCCCAGACAUUUCUCUGGGGUACAAUAUGUAUGAUACCUGCAGUUUUGUUGUCAGAGGCAUAAAGGCUGGACUUGCGUUGAACAAUGAUGACGAUGAAAAUGUGUCUUCAGCAUUUACGGAGCCAUGUACCAGACCUGUAAAAGUGCAAGCAAUAGUGGGACCAAGCUCUUCCUCUUCUAGCAUGGCAAUAGCUACUGUUCUUGGACCAUUUCAUAUUCCAUUGAUCAGCCACUUUGCUACAUGUGCUUGUCUCAGUGAUAAAUCAAAGUACCCAUCCUUUCUCAGAACACUACCCAGUGACUACUAUCAGAGCAGAGCUCUGGCCUAUUUGGUCAAACACUUUGGUUGGACCUGGGUUGGAGCUGUUAGAACCAGUGAUGAAUAUGGCAACAAUGGCAUGGCAACAUUCACAGAAACUGCUGAACAGCUGGGCAUCUGUCUGGAGUAUUCUAUUUCUUUUUUUCAAACAGAUCCAACAGAAAAACUAGAAAACAUAAUUAGCACAAUCAGGGAUUCAAUUUCAAAAGUGAUUGUUACUUUUAUCACUCCCCCAGCCAUGGAUGUGCUUAUUCGUGAGUUGUCCAAACACACCUUUACAGGGUAUCAGUGGGUCGGCAGUGAGUCGUGGAUCUUUGAUUCUCAAAUUGCAUCAAUGGAUAAAAAUCACAUCCUGGAUGGAGCUAUAGGACUUUUUAUCCCUAAAGCACAUGUCAGUGGUCUGAGAGAGUUCAUGCUGGAUAUAAAACCACUGAAUUCAUCUAAUAAUAACUUGUUCACAGAGUUCUGGGAAACAUUAUUCAGCUGCAAGUUCAAGCAGUCACAGUCAGAAGAGAUUCAGAGAGAAUGUACUGGACAUGAGGAUCUGACUGGAGUGGAAAACAGCUUCACUGACAUGUCCCUCAUGCCCAUUUUUAACAAUAUUUACAAAGGAGUGUAUUCAGUGGCCCAUGCUCUGCACACAAUUUUACAGUGUAAUAAAACUUGUAACAAGAGUGUGCAGCCUGAACCAUUCACUAUUUUGCAUCACAUUCGAAAUGUUUACUUCAAGACAAAAGAGGGAGAGGAGGUUUAUUUUAAUGAAAAUGGAGAUCCAGCAGCAAAGUAUGAGAUUAUAAACUGGCAGCCAAGAGAGAACGGCAUCGUGGACUUUGUCUCUGUUGGUCUUUAUGAUGCGUCGUUACCAGCAGACAAACAGCUACUUCUGCAAAAUAAGACUUUCCAUUGGGCUAAUGGAUCAAAGCAGGUUCCUGUGUCAGUCUGCAGUGGAAAGUGUCCUCCAGGAACAUGGAAAGUUCUCCAGAAAGGAAAACCUGUUUGCUGUCAUGACUGUUUUAGAUGUGCAGAGGGAGAAAUGAGCAACAUUACAGAUUCCAUCACCUGUGUGAAAUGUCCUCGUGAAUUCUGGUCAAAUAAUGAAAGAGAUGCUUGUGUAUUAAAAGAGGCAGAGUUUCUAUCAUAUCAAGAAAUGAUGGGAAUACUUCUCACCACAGCCUCGUUAUUUGGAACAUGUCUGACUGCUGCUGUCGCUGUCAUUUUCUUCAGACACAGAAAAACUCCUCUUGUCAGAGCAAACAACUCUGAGUUGAGCUUCAUGUUGCUUUUCUCCUUGACUCUGUGUUUUCUCUGCUCCCUGACCUUCAUUGGACGUCCCUCUGAGUGGUCCUGUAUGCUCCGUCACACAGCUUUUGGCAUCACCUUCGUCCUCUGCAUCUCCUGCAUUUUGGGGAAAACAAUGGUGGUUUUAAUGGCGUUUAAAGCAACACUUCCAGGCAAUAAUGUGAUGAAACUGUUUGGGCCGACACAGCAGAGAAUCAGUGUUUUAGGUUUCACACUUAUACAAGUGAUCAUUUGUAUCAUAUGGUUAACGAUUUCUCCACCAUUCCCAUCCAAGAACUUUAAGGAAUUCAAAGAUAAAAUCAUCUUGGAGUGUGCUCUGGGCUCAGCUGUAGGCUUCUGGUCUGUGCUGGGAUAUAUUGGACUUCUUGCAGUUUUGUGUUUUGCUUUAGCUUUUCUAGCUCGAAAACUGCCGGAUAAUUUCAACGAAGCCAAAUUCAUCACCUUCAGCAUGCUGAUAUUCUGUGCAGUCUGGAUCACUUUUAUCCCGGCGUACGUCAGCUCUCCAGGAAAGUUUAGUGUUGCUGUAGAAAUCUUCGCCAUUCUUGCUUCUAGUUUUGGACUGCUGAUUUGUAUCUUCAUCCCAAAAUGUUACAUCAUGUUGAUGAAACCAGAAAGAAAUACAAAAAAGAGCAUGAUGGGGAAGGGGCAUUAA